AUGCCUAGAACUCUUCCACCAGACCACUCCGAGAGCAGACUUCAUCCGCUUGCUUCCACCGUUGAGGUCUCCUAUGGCUGGUCAGUGGAGCUGAGCGGGACGAUCUUCACCGUGGUGUCCUUGAGCAGUUUGGCCUUCUCAGGCCUCGCCUCGGCGGUGAUCUCCCGCCAGGUCUUGACCGAGUCGACGGUCUUCUUGGCCUGCAACGUGGUGGCGCUGGCGGGCGUGAUUUUCCUUUUUGACUUCGGCACCGGUGCUUUCGGCCUCCUUUUGGCCGAUGGCUUGGUCUACGGCUGCGCCAGCGUGUCCAAUGGCAUCGCCGAGGGAUGGGGUUCCCGUGCAGCCAAGGAGGGCACGGACUUCAGCAACGAGGUUUACCGGACUUGGAAUACGUCUUUGGCCUGUGCCGCUCGUUUCCUGGCGCCAGUGGUGGCCCGGACCAUCCUGGACUUUGGGGGGCGAAACCUCUACGCCGCCCUGCAGCUGGCGAUGGUGGCUUUGAGCACCAGCACGGUCUAUAAGGCGGUCUCCAUGAUUUGGAACCUAAGCCGUGAAGUCCACAGCUUCAAGAAUGGCAAGGAGGUGUGA